AAGACUCUUGUUAGUGCUAACAAAUAAUGCUUAUAUAUUUCACAAGUCUUUAGACCUAGUCUUGAACAAAAUAAAUAAAGACCCACUCCUUGCUAAUGCGAUCCAAGUGUAGACGUUAAUUAAUAAAUCAAAACUGAAUCGCUCUCAGAUUUCUUUAAAUACAGGGCAUGUCUCUCCUCAUUUUCCACUGAUCAUCUCCCAGUGACGAGAAAAGAAGAAGAAAAAAGAAAGAAAAAUCGCGAUGGGAAACGGUAAUCAGAACCAGAAGGACGACCCGAACAGGUUGCGUGUGGAGUUCCCAAACGGCGCAAUUGCCUCAGGCACCCCUACCAUGCUUGGCAGACUCAUUAAUCGUGUUGCAGAGACUAGCCCAAAGGAGGUAGGAAAAACAGGCUCCUCCGCCAGCAAAGGAUUGUGGACUUCAGGUGGUUCGACCAAAAUAAAAACCACUUCAUCAGUGGCAACAGCAGCAACGAGCAAAGAAAACACUGAUGGGAUGGUUAACCAGAUUCAAAAGGGAGCAAUUAAUAUGGCGCAAAAUGUUCAGAAGGGAGCUGUUGAGAUGGCGCAAAAUGCUCCAAAGAAAGCUGUUGAGAUGGCGCAAAAUGCUCCAAAAAAAGCUUCUGAACUAAAGGAAAAAUUUCGAAGGAAGUUCUUUCCAAAACCAUGGGAGAAACCUGAAUAUCAGGCAUUGUACUUCGCUAGACAAUAUGUCCCGAAGAAAGAUGCCCCACGUAUUGAUCCUGAAGUCUUCAUCGGAAAAAAAAAAUGAUGAAAUUAAAGAAGGCAAACCUUGCUUGCGGUCGUGCCAUGGAAGUUAAACAAAGAAAGAUACCAUGGAUUCACAAAAUCAAUUUAUAGCUUAUUUGUAGGCAAGACUGUAUAAUUUAUUUUGGUGAGAAAACAUAAAAUAAAGAGGGGGAUGCAAAGAUUUUCCAAGAGUUCAUUCAUCCUAGUACUACUUUAGUCUAAACUCUUAUUUUCAAAAUCUGAUGGGAUCUAGUGCUUAUGAGUUGGUAUGAUCUCAUCCAUCAAAACUUUGUAUUUGAUUCGUUUCAAGUUUGAACAUUUUAAAGGAUAAUAUUUAUGUCCUGACAAGUAUG